AUGGCGCUGCUGGAGGUGUGCGGAGCCCCCCGAGGGCGCACCGGGGACUGGGCUUUCCCCCGCUCGGGAGGCCGGCAUUGCUCGGACCCGGGACACUACAGUUUCUCCACGCGAUCUCCGGAGCUCGCCCUCCCCCGGGGGGUGCAGCCCCCCGAGUUCCUCCAGGCCCUGGGUGGCAGCGGAGAGAGGCGCGUUCAGAUUGAGCUGGCUCAUGGCACGACCACGCUGGCCUUCAAGUUCCAGCACGGGGUGAUCGUGGCCGUGGACUCUCGGGCCUCGGCUGGGAGUUACAUCGCCACCUUAAAGGUGAACAAGGUGAUCGAGAUCAACCCUUACCUGCUUGGCACCAUGUCUGGGUGUGCGGCCGACUGUCAGUACUGGGAGCGCCUGCUGGCCAAGGAGUGCAGACUGUACUACCUGCGGAAUGGGGAGCGGAUCUCGGUGUCAGCGGCCUCCAAACUGCUCUCCAACAUGAUGUGCCAGUACCGGGGCAUGGGCCUCUCCAUGGGCAGCAUGAUCUGCGGCUGGGACAAGAAGGGUCCUGGACUCUACUAUGUGGAUGAGAAUGGGACUCGGCUCUCAGGAAGCAUGUUCUCCACCGGUAGUGGGCGAAGCUUUGCCUAUGGGAUCAUGGAUAGUGGCUACCGGCCCAGUCUUAGCGUUGAAGAGGCCUAUGACCUGGGCCGCAGGGCUAUUGUCCAUGCCACCCACCGAGACAGCUAUUCUGGAGGCUUCGUCAAUAUGUACCACAUGAAGGAAGACGGUUGGGUGAAAGUGGAAAGCACGGACGUCAGUGACCUGAUGCACCAGUACCGGGAGGGCACUCAGUAACUGGCCGCAGCUGGGCAGGCUCC